AUGCCAUGGCUUACGUCGUCGAUCGAUCACCUCAUCAAUGUUAUGUCGUCGUCCAAUGCACCUCGCCUGAUCAACGCUUCACCUCGACUCAUCGGAAUCAACGCUUUACCUCGCCGUCGACGGAGUCCUAAAUUUGAUGCUUCACCUCAUUGCCAUCACAUCACCUCGUCGUCAUCACGUCACCUCGUCGCCGUCGCAUCACCUCGUGGCUGA